CUGGUAGCCCUACAUGCAAACAUUUAUCAGGUCAAUCUUGUAAUCGAGGCAUUGCUAAAUGAAAUAAUAAUUGGGCGUUGUUCAUAAGCUUGUGUAAAGCGCAUUCUUCUUCAAGAAAAAAAUGUUAGCCCUAUACUGCGAAAAAAAAACCUCUGAAGAUAUCGUCUAAGAGAAAGUGUGUUUGUAGUUGAUUUCAUGAAUUCAAAUCUCCUCAAUAUUACAAGACUUGGUUUGAAGCCGCCACCGUGAGAAUUACGUUCUUAUUUUUUAACUGUUUGAGUUUUGCGGAACUGUCUUUGGGAGAGUCAUUAUUCAACGGCGAUCAGAACUGUCGAAGGAACAGAAUCUAUCUCGAAGUUCUACAUAAUUGCUUUGGUAAGACCAAAGUAACUUGAAGUACAGAAGAGCAGCUCUAUUAUCCUUUAAGGAUCAUCCAAGUUUAAAACAAUGGCUUUUCAUGAUGAUAAAGAGGCGAAACACUUCUUGCCCAAUUCAUCCGACGUCCAUGAUGUCACAAAGUCAGGUUGGGAUUUGAUGACGACACCGGGGGCGACACCAGCUUUCAACAGCGGUCAUCAUGACGAUGGUCAUCUCAUGAACCACACGAUGACCAACAUGACCACGGCAACGAUCUCGGCUUUGAAUGAAUCAAUGGCAUGGAAUCUCAAAACGACAACCACGGCGGUAGUGGAUCACAUGACGACCACCAUGGCCAUGACGGCGGAGGAGAAUGCGACGGGGAUGAUUGCGGAUGUGAUGUCGAUGGUGUACGGCAUGCAGAACGAAACAAUUUCGGUGUUGAUACCGAGUACCAACCCGAUGGCCAUAACGAUGGGAGAGCUCCACUACGUUCGUACGAUAACGACGAUCAUGAUGACCGUCGCUUUUGCGAUGGUAAAUCUGGCCAUGGGUGCGUCUAUUGGAAAGGUUGAAUUGGCUCGUCAAUGGCGGGUCCCUGGUGCCGUGUUGGUUGGAUGUCUGGUGCAGUUCUUGGUGUUUCCUGUGGUUGCCUUUGCCAUAGUCAGCAUGUUCAAGCUACCCACACCCUACGUCACCGGGAUGCUGCUGGUCGCGAUCUGCCCCGGGGGCGCUAUGGCCGACGUCGUCACCUUCUUCAUUGACGGUAACAUCUCAGUUUGCGUGAGCAUGGUGCUCAUCUCGACGGUGAUAUCAAUGGGCUACGUCCCCGUCAUGCUCCUCAUCAUCUCUGGUGGAGCAGUGUCGGCCUCUGUCGCAGUCUCCAUGUGGGCCAUCGGAGUGGCCAUCUUCAUCAUCGCCGUACCUCUGGCGGUCGGUGUCCUUAUCAGAUCCUGCAAGGAGAGCUGGGCUCACGUCGUUACUGUGCUUGGCAUUACCGGCGGUCUCCUGGUGUACCUUGCCAACUCCCUCGUCCACCUCAUCAUCCAUACACAGAUCUUCCAUGCUCCUUGCAGGGUGUACAUCGCCGUCAUCAUCGUCGUCAUCAUCGGUUUCCUCCUGACGCUGUUCAUCGGUUACCUCUUUGGACAGCAUCCCAUUUCCCGCCACACCCUGGCCACCCACGCCAUCUUCCACAAUACGUCACUGACUAUGAUCAUCCUGAGUACCGUAUUUUUCGCUGAUCCUCAUUGGCGACAACUCAUCGUCGUCCCUUCGAUCUACGGGCCGAUCACGGGCAUGUUUGGCAUCAUCUACAUCAUCGUCUACCUGACGACGUCGACGGUCACCAGCGACGGCAACCAACAUCCCGAGGCUUACCAACCCAUCAAUGAGGAGCCACAGGGUAAUGGCGAGUACAUGACGCUAGAAGAUGGCGAUAACAAUACGAAUGUGAGGAUGGGCGGAUUCCGGCUGAAAAUGAAAGAUUAUGAAGAAGUCAACGGAACAGUGACUGCCUACUGAUUAUAAUUACUUCUUAUCAUUAUCUUUGUCAUUUUCGCUUUGUUUUGGGGAAGUUACAAGGUAUCUCCUGCUGUAAUUCACAUUGAGAUUUAUGAAAAAAAUAUCUUGGAUAUUGAAUAAGAAGGGGAGGAGGGAAUUAUGUGAUAAUUUGAAGAAUUUCACUUCAACUUGUAAAAAUAAAAUUAUGGAAAGUUUGGAAAAGAAUGUAAAAAAAAUCACUAAUUUAUUGUUCUCAUAAGACGUCAUAAACUACAGCUGUGUCAAUGUGAUUUCUUUUGAUGUUAGUAUCGUGGCAAUGUUGAAUAUAUCAACGCGUUCACUAUACUUGGACAACAGAAAUAGGAGGGGAAAUUAAAAUGAAAUAGGGUGGGUGUAGAAACACUAAUAACAAAAUCUUUAACAUCAGAUGUUUAAUUCGUCUAUCCGAGAUGUUUUUUUAAUACUAAUACUAUUUGAAUGAAUUCAAAUCAUAUCAAAUGAAAAUUUUGAUACCUUGAAUUUGAUAAAUUAGUAUUAAUUUGCAAUAAUUACUUGGAUAUUUAUAAUAUGCAGUGGGGGUACCUUGAAGAUAGAACAUAAUUAUUUAGGGAAAUGCAUAACUCCAAGUUUUAAACGGCAGUGUGUAAAUAUAUGUAUAUUAAUUGAAAAUUAUUAUAAUUAUUCCUUGCUAUUAUGCCUCUAAGCUUCAUGUAUUUUCGUGUAGGAUAUACAUAUUUUGUGAUUUGAAAAGAAGGCCAAGAUAUAACAGUAUUUUUUGGGUCCGGAAUAAUUUUUGCAUGAUGCAGUAUGUUUUUAAUGUAUCAUUAUAGUCAAAUCAUUGCAUUUAUUUGUGUAAGUGGCAUUGUAUAGGCCUACUGUAUAUAAAGGUGAAAAUAAAUAUAAUGAAAAUAUUUAUCUUUUAUGUCGAAAGAUGAAAGAAACCAGGGCUCCGGUACCCAAAGUGUUACAAUUAAAUGCAACUCGAAAUAGUUAUUAAACGCAACCCGAUUUCCAACGUAUUAGAAGCGCCAUCAGCGAUUUGCACUUUUUUUAAAGGUUGUGUUUAAACACUGAUCGUUAUAUGAACAAUAAAUUAUCAACGUUAUAUCUUUGUUGCAAACCAUCUACAUAUAAUGAUUGCUGUACCGUCUGGUCGGGAAGAUCUGAAAUCAAUCACAGUAAGUUAGAGAGAUUACAUAAGAGGACAGCAUACAUGGUGUCUAAUUUCUCUUGGGAAACUCCAUCUGAACAAAUUUUUUAAAUAUUAUCUUGGCCAAAAAUACACAAUGUAUUUUUUAGAGCAUCUUGCUUAAUAGUUCAUAAAUGUUUACACAAAGCUGCUCCUCAGGUGCUUUGUGAUAAGUUUAUUUAUAUAGAAGAAGUAUCCUCUCGAACAACUAGGAGCACAAAUAAGAUGAUAAUCAGGGUGCCAUAUGCUCGUACAACCUUUUACCAGAAAUCAUUUUUUGUCACAGGCCCAUUGCAUUGGAAUGAAUUACCCGAACACCUCCGAUUCAUAGAAGACAUUAAACAUUUUAAACGGGAAAUGGCAAAAUGGGAAAAAACAUUUGAUACGUAAUAGGGACUAAUGGUGGAAUCUAUUCUAUUCUUUCUCCUCAUUUUGUACAUAUCUUAUCUUUUUCAUGUGUAUAUAUAAUUUUCGUUUACUUUUAGGUAACAUUUGUACAGUAUCAUAUUUUAUCUAUUUUUGUUAUUUUCCAUAGUUAAUUAUGAUUAUUUCAUUAUUUAAUUUUCAAUUUUUCAAUAUUAGUAUUUAUGCUCUAUUCUUUGUUUAUAUUCGAAUGUGUCACCAUGUUUUAUAUUUGUGUUUGUUUACGAAGGGCCCCAACGAAAACCAGCUUGUUGCUGAUUGGGCUACCCUUCUUUUAAAUAUUUGAAAUAAAUAAAUAAAGUUCAAAGUGA